GUCCCCAUUCCCCCAGGCCGUCAAGGGUUUUCGUCCUGAGCAUUCGCCUCUGCUGCCUACGGCCUGCCUCUCUCCCAACCCUCCGUGUCGCCGUCCGCCCGUGUGAUCCACCAUGGCUUCCGCCCAGAACAAAACUUCUAAGCCAGAGGGGUCAUCCGAUGCACAAAAGGGGGCUUCCCCGACAGCUGAUGCAGGCCUUGGCAGUCCUUUUGAUUUUUCCAAUAUGAGCAGCUUGCUCAAUGAUCCAUCUAUCAGAGAGAUGGCUGAGCAAAUUGCGAGCGACCCUGUAUUCAAUCAGAUUGCUGAGAAGCUUCAAAAAAGUGCUCAGGCUACUGGGGAACAAGGUGUUCCAAUUUUGGAUCCUCAGCAGUACAUGGAAACCAUGACACAAGUUAUGCAAAAUCCCCAGUUUGUGUCAAUGGCGGAGCGUCUUGGGAAUACUCUUAUGCAGGAUCCUGCAAUGUCCAGUAUGCUCGAGAACUUGACUAGUCCAGUUCAUAAGGAGCAGCUUGAAGAACGAAUGGCCCGUAUCAAGGAUGAUCCAUCUUUGAAGCCGAUUCUUGAUGAGAUAGAGAGUGGUGGUCCAUCUGCAAUGGUGAAGUACUGGAAUGACCCUGAGAUUCUUCAAAAGAUUGGCCAGGCUAUGUCAAUUAACUUCCCAGGAGAUGGUGCGACUUCAACUGUACUCUCUGGACCUCAAGAAACUGAGGAGGAAGGCGAGUAUGACGACGAGUCCAUUGUUCAUCACACCGCAAGUGUGGGUGAUGCGGAGGGUCUGAAAAAGGCUUUAGAUGGUGGAGCAAACAAGGAUGAAGAAGAUGCAGAGGGAAGAAGGGCCUUACAUUUUGCAUGUGGAUAUGGUGAGUUGAAGUGUGCAGAAAUCCUUCUAGAGGCAGGCGCUGCAGUGGACGCAUUGGAUAAGAACAAGAACACCCCUCUGCAUUAUGCCGCUGGAUAUGGUCGGAAGGAAUGCGUGGAUCUUCUCCUAAAGCACGGCGCCGCAGUGACGCUCCAAAACCUGGACGGGAAGACCCCCAUUGAGGUUGCCAAGCUCAACAGCCAGGAAGAGGUCCUCAAGCUGCUCGAGAAGGACGUGUUCCUAUAAGACCAAAUCCUAGGUGCGCGUCAAGCCAUGAACCUGCUUGGUUCUGGACUCUCGGCGUCAUCCAUGUUGGUUGGUUCCGCUCGGUUUAGUUUGAUAGCCUUGCCUAGUUGCCUGUAACCUCCUGGGUGUCCAUGUUCCGUUGAUUCGAUCGAUCCUGCUGUGUAAGAAGUGCGCCGUCUCCGGAACUCAGCGGGCAGUGGGCCUGUUCUCGUUCUCUCCGUUUAUGGGGCCAUUGCUAUUUCUUAAGGAUGAUGAUUUCUCGUGAAGAUUUCUGGGUGUUUCUUUGAUACGACGGAUGGAAUCUUCUUUUAUGUUGUUGCAAAGGUUCCAGUUAACCUGUU